AUGUCUCAGUUCAAAAAACAACACACUCAUAAUCGAAUCACCAAUCACAUAGCCAUAUCGGUUCACGACAUCAACACCGUUGUACAAUGGUAUUCUGAUGUAUUCGGCUUCAGGCUUCUCGGCCAGAUUGCUCACAUCAAGAGGUCGGAGAAACCAGACGCUGAUAUCUUUGGCAUCUACCCAAGAUCUUUGAACGAAGUAAAGGUGGCAUGGAUGACGACAGGAAACGCUGUUGGUUUUGAGCUUUUCGAAUUCGUUGACCCUAAGCCUCAGCCUCACCCCCAGGGCUUCGAAGCCGGUGACUUCACCAAACCCGGAUACUUUCACAUGGCGGUCACCGACUCAGACCCCGAUAAGUUGGCUGCGGAAGUGGUUAAAGCUGGGGGGAAAAAGAUUGGAAACACAGUGGAUCCACUUGGUUUGGGGGCAGAAGUUUUCGAGGUUUUGGCACGCAAGUACCGACCGUGGGCCCAUGCCUCAAUCAAUAUCUCGGCUGCCAUUGGAGCCAUGACUGGUCUUUUGGUCGGGGGUGCCUGGACAAAGAGCAACCCAGACAACUUCCGCAAUUACUGGUACAUGGUUGCCGUCAUCUACGAGAUAUAUGGUAGAUCGGAUGGCAUGUUCAACCAUGCGCACUUUAGACACCGCAACUUCCCUAUAGCAUUGAGCUGCAUCUUUGUGGAAGGCAUCAUUUUCUUCUGCGCAAACAACUACUCUGCCUUUGAAGUAAGCGUCAUUUUUGGAACAGAUGCUUUUAUCACUGGGCUUCACUACGCCAUUGCUUUUAUCUCAUUCGCCAUCUUCGCUUUCGCAGCUAGCUUAUGGUGCUCACAGACCCGUACUGUUCGUAUCCCGUCCGCCACAGCAUUCGGCUUCUUUAUGCUCUUUUGUAUCCUUAUGGCAACCAUGGACCUUCCAAGAACAAAGCAAAGUCAAGUAUGGGGAUUUCCAGUGUUCUUCGAAGCAGGUCUUGGAAUAUGCUUGACGGCGUUGGUUACUGCAGCACACUUCGCCACGCCCCCUGAACUGGUUGCCAUUACCUCUGGUCUCUUGAUCUCCAUUCGAAGCCUUGUUGGAUCGAUUGGGCUGGCUCUUUACACCGCUAUCUUCUCCAAUGGCAUAUCACACUUGGGAUCAAACAUUGCUGGCGCUGUGAUUCCUCUGGGGUUUCCAGCAUCUGGAUUAUCUCAACUCAUCCCAGCCCUUGUCACCCACGAUACCCAAGCAUUGGGUAAUAUCACGGACGCAUCUCCGGAGAUCAUUAGGGCUGGAUAUGGGGCUAUUGGGGAUACCUAUCUUGUAGGCUUCCGCUACGUAUGGGUGGCCGGCGGGUGCUUCUCAUUUGUCGCUAUAAUCGUAUGCCUUUUUCUGGAAGACCCUGCUGCAGAGUUUGCCUCUCAGAUUGACGCGCCAGCUGAGUCAGUUUCCCGUGGAGAGAACGGUGAAAAGGUUUAG